GCUGCGCCCCGGCUCGGCAGCGGCCGGCGCCGCGGCCGGGGAGGGGCUCCACCGGCGGCCGAGCCCGGGCCGGCCCAACCGGCCGGCUGGGCUUUGCCCGCCGGGGCCCCCCGCAGCCCCGCGCCCGGCCGGGGGCACCUCCUGCUGCCGCGGUGAGCGGCGCAGGGCAGGGGCCGGGGCCGGAAGGGUUACAGCCACGGAGGCCGGCCGGCCGCCUCCCGGGAGCCGCAGGAAGCGCCGGCGGGGCGGGCCCGCGCGGGGAACGUCCCCUCCCCGCGGCCGGUGGCCGCACCGCGCCCAGCCGGGGCUGCGCCCGGCGCCCCCUCCGCCCCGCCCGGACCGGGCCGGGGCCGUGCCGCCGGGCGGAGGUGAUGGGAGCAUGAGCGAGAAUGAGGGGGAUCUCCAGCCAGAUGGGCUGCAGGCAGCUGAGCCCCCUGGGGCCAUUUCGGACUUUUUCAUGAGGGAAGCCUCUCUGCCAAGCUGCGACGGGGCAGCAUCCCAUCCAAGGCCAGACUUUUUCCCCCCAGAGCCGGAGCCGGAGAAAACUUCUCGCUGCGGCUUCCGGAAGCGUAAGGAGACGGUGGUGCACCAGCGAGCAUUCAUGGGAGAGAAGCCCUACAUCUGCAUCGAGUGCGGGCAGAGCUUCAACCGCAGCUCCGACCUGAUCCGGCACCAGAGGAUCCACACUGGGGAGAAGCCGUACAUGUGUGCUGACUGUGGCAAGAGCUUCAGCCGCCGCUCCCACCUUAUCCAGCACCAGCGUGUCCACACGGGCGAGCGGCCAUACCAAUGUAAGGACUGCGGGAAGAGCUUCAGCCAGAGCACACACCUGGUGCAGCACCAGCGCAACCACACUGGCGAGAGGCCUUAUGUCUGCGCCAAGUGUGGAAGGAACUUCUACCAGAACUCAGGCCUGCUCCGCCACGCAAACUUUCACACAGGCGAGAAACCCUACAAGUGCCCCCAGUGCGGGAAGCGCUUCAGCGACAGCUCCAACCUCAUUGCCCACCAGCGGCUCCACACGGGUGAGAAGCCCUACAAGUGUGCUGACUGCAACAAGUGCUUCAGUGAGAGCUCGAAGCUGGUCAUUCACCGGCGUGUCCACACAGGUGAGAAGCCAUACUUGUGCCCUGACUGCGGGAAGAGUUUCAGCCAGCGCUCGCACCUUGUCCAGCACCGUCGCACCCACACUGGAGAGAAGCCCUACAAGUGUGCCGAGUGUGGGACCUGCUUCAGUGACAACUCUACCCUCAUACGUCAUCGUCGUACCCACACUGGGGAGAAACCUUUCAAGUGCUCCCACUGUGGGAAGAGCUUCAGUCGUAACUCUUACUUAGUCUCACACCAGCGGGUGCAUGUGUGGUAGGCAGCAUCCCUAGGUGUGGUUUGAGGGUGAUCUAGGAAGGAACUCCUGGUCCAGGCCUGUCCACAAUGUGCCUAAGGGACAAGGGGGCGGACAAGAGUGUGACUACACUGGGGCUGCUGGCCCGGGUAAUGCCUUUGGCCCAUGUUGCCCUUUUCAGUCACCUCAUCCUCCCAGUGCACUUUGGGCAUAGACAGAAGGUGUGUAGUGGUUGUGAUGGGUAGUUCUGCAUCCCAAGGCCUCGUCAUCCUCUUUCCCUGGUACUAGGAUUGGAUGCCAUCUGCCACAUGAAUAAGUGCAGAUGUUUUCUCCCACCUCCCCGUCUGAGGUGUCUGUCUGCCUGGGAGCCUUAGGAGAGAAUACACGAUGUCAGGUCACAUGAUGAGAACCUGCUCGGUCAUGCAACGUAUGCAUGUGUAGUCAUGUCAAGGAAAGUAAGAUGGGAGAUGAGGUCCUUACGGGGCUUUGUCCCACUCUCAGAUGAAAUGUGACCUGUGUAAUAUCGCACAGGUCUGUGGAAGCUCACCAUGCUUGUGGUCAAAGCCAGCUCUGUGUCUCAUACAGCAGUCAGGAAGGUUAAAGCUGAGUAAGUCCUGGUGAGAAGCUGGAGACUGCAUUAUGUGUACACAGUGUGUGGGCCAACUUGAAGCACAGGCAAAGACCACUUGAGUCUGCUUGUGAAAGGAACGUGUAGGCAUACCCUGAGCAGAGAAGGAAGGCAUGCCUGCAAAGGUUUUCUGCAAAUGCUGCUUGGAUGAAAGAAAUGAGGGAGCUGUAGGAUAGGGGCAUGGCCUGUUCUGGGAUCUCAGAACUGGUGGGUAACUGAUGUAGAAAACUAUCAUACUUGAAGGCUUUAAAAAUAAAAAAAUAUAAUUAUACUUGUGCUGCUAAAACCGUGGUACGCAACUUGACAGGUGUGUGGAGGUCACCUGUGAGUUUGUGCUGGUAGCCUCCUCAUUCUACAGAAUUUGGGUUUACAGAUACAGUUGCAAAAUGGGACAAAGCAAUAGUGUACUAGGACAGACCUGAUUCCAUACCAGUAUUUCUCAAGUCCUAUUUUGACCAGUGUGUGUGCGUGUGUAUGAAUAAGAUCCGUAUGUAUGUAGUCACAUACGUGUGAACUAGCUUUUAUACUACAUGUAUCUUCACACUCAUGUGAGUGAUCAUGUGUGCACACACCAUGGCAGUAGUCAAAAUGGUCAGCUGUACGAACUACGCCAUAUCAGUACUUCUCAGAAUGCUAAGCAUACUGUAUAUCCUAGCAUUUCUCAAUAACAAGCUGGGAGAAAUAGGUUUUUUACCAAAACAUCUGAUUUUUCAUAUCAGGACAUUCAGUUUUACACUGAUUACUUUGUGUGUGUGUGUGUAUAAGAUCUGGAAUAGAGUUGUUUUAUUUAUAUAUCUAUAAAAAAUGUGUGGCCUCUGUGGUUGCAAGGAGUGACUUCUAAAUGUCAUUCAGUGUAGUGCUCUCCCCCUUGUUUUACACAGGUACAUGUCAGUGGCAUUUGUAGGGUGUACCCCCCUCAUGGUUUUAACUACAAGGAAUUGCAGUGCAACACUUUACAUUGUUUAUAUUUUUGGCUGUUUUGCUGCUGAUCGUUUUAGUGGCGGUACCAGCACUGCUGGAGCUUAGAAAAGAUUUCUGAUUUGCAGUGUACCUUACUAAUCCUGCAACUGGCUCCAUGGCUUCAGUAGGUCUCUGGAAAAAGGAAUGCAGACUGAAGCCAGUGAAAGGACCAGAGCUGUGGUGGGGAAGAGAUGAAGGAAAUAAAGAUGCUAAGAAGAUCCAUGGAUUUGAGCAGCUGCUGGCCAGGGAUGCUUGUGAAUGGCUUGCCUUACAGACCUUGCUACUCUCCAAGGGAUUGCAGGGAUCCUUUCUGCCAGCCCCACUUCUUGACACUUAACUGCUGAUAAAAUGUUAUUUUCGUACAGUUUAAUAAAAAGGAGCUGUAGGGGGAGCAUGAAAUUGUUUGCAGCUCCUAGAGGAACAAGGCACCUUUAUUUGCAGCUGCUCAGGGAAGUAGAAGGAGCUUUCAGAAAUGGGGUGGGCUUUGUUUACACAGGAACCAAAGCCUUCAUUUGCAAAUGCCCAUUUUUGCUUUUAGUUUUGUGUUUGUGGGUUUUUUUAUUUUUUUUUAUUUAUUUUUUAUGAACAGCUUCAAACCAAUGACUUCUCAAUUUCAGUUCCACUUCUGGAAAGUGGUUUGGCAAUGUGACUAAGGGUCAUCAGGUUGGUUCCAGAAGCAUCAAGAUUUUCAUUUGCUAGCAGACUUUCAGAAGGGAUACUACAAAGCCUCAGUUUGUAGGCUCAUUUUUAACCAAAUUCAGAGGUUGUGCUUCAGUCCAGCUGUAGAACUGAUGUGGGUCUGUCCCAUUGCAGAUUACUUUCCCUAAAGGUAAUCUACAGCACUAAAACUGUUUGGCUAAGAAACCCUGUUUGCCAGAGAAAGGCAUCAUGUGAAUGCAACUUUUCUUUUGGCUAUCUGAACAGAGUUGCAAUGAAAUCAAACCUACAUCUGCACAUAGCUGAGCUCAACUCAGAGGGAAACCCUCACAUCAAGAUUCUGGUUUGAGAAGCAAGCUGCCCCUGAAUAUGCUUUCGCAGCAGUCCUUUGAGCAUUUCUUUUCUUUCCUACAUGCUUUGUGAAGUGCUGUGUAUACUUAACAGUGCUCUAUAAAUCAAAAGGAUUGACUUGCAUUUAUUUCUAAGAUCUUUAUGAACUUAAAACUGUAUGCCAAAUCAAAGUGGCCUUAGGGUUCGCAGCACAUUGCCAGUGCAGUAUCUUAGCAGCUAGGAUUGGAUUGCUCAUCAGUGUAAGCACAUUUCUGGAGUUCCUUUCCACAGCCACUGUUAGUUUUCUCUGUUCAGUGUCACUUGGCUGAAAUAAUUCACUUCCCCGAGCCUGUCUGCCCUUUACUGUUUGUGAUCAUCUAGCUGGAGAGAAGAAUCUGGGUACCACCCUUCCUUUGCUGUUGCAGAAGUUACAGGGUAUGUUCCUCUUCUUCCAGGAAUUUAAUUGUUUUGUGGGCAGUGCAAAUUCAUGAGUCACAUUCAGAAGACAGAGGUACGGGCAUGUGCAAAAAUUCAAGAACGAGAAGGUUUACUUCCACAGCAGCUAGCUCACUGGCUUCUCUACCAGCUGUCUCCUCCCCAGGAUCAUGGUGGGAGACUACUGGAAAAAGGAAAAGGUAAUUAGCUACUAUCACUCCAGCAGACCAUCUGUAGCACACUCCAUCCCAGACCCGUGGUCACCAGCUGGUGCCCAGAUCCUCCUACCAGCUGGGGAGCUCUGUAGAAUACUGUAAAUUCCUGUUGUGCUAAUUGUGCUUAGAUACUACAGUGAGACGAUGGCACAUUAGAAAUACCCAAGAUAGACAAAUGGAUGAAUGACAUCUCUGAAAUAAAAUUUUUCACCCUAGUGUUUUUCGUUAGCCCAUGUUUUUUUCUUUCUUUCUCCCCAGAGUGACCUCCUGAGCAUCAGUUUCUUGGCCCCUGGCAGGACCAGGUUUGGAAAUAAUGUGUCAUCCUUCACAGAGCGAUGACUUACUUACACAGCUGCUGUGCAAUGCAAAUAAGAUUCCAUAGGUGAGGGGUAUUCUUAGAAUUCGUCUUAAUAAUGUGAAUCUGAAAAGCCAGAGGAUGGCACACAGUGCUCACCAUUCCUUUAUGAGAGAGUGCAGGACCUUAUUCUGCAAUGACACACUGUCUUGCUGGUAGAUGAACCUGGUUCUAGCAGAGCUGCAGCUGCUCUGAGGAGGUACCUACCCAGUUCUGUCACCUGGGUUGUAUGGGAUCCAGGUUUCUGUUCUCCUGCUGAAAAAAUAUGUGUAAUAGCGAUGACUGAAAUACAGCUUCUUUUACAUU